AUGUCGAGAGAAGAAAGAGCUAGUGCCCCACUUACCGAGGAAAUGAAGAAUGAAAUUGAUGAGUAUUUUUUCAACCUAUAUUGUACAAGAUGGCGAGAACCUGAACCAGCCUGGAUGUAUGCCCGUGUACCUUCUAUUAUGAUGUGGGACGACCAUGAAAUCAUCGACGGUUAUGGUAGUCGUACAAUGUGUCCUGUAUUUGAUGGAAUUUACGACGCUGGUAGAAAAUAUAUGUUACUGUUUCAACUACGGUGUCUAAGAGAUGCCAAAUCGAUGGAAGGUGAUAUGGUCCUUCAUUCAAGACACUGUUUCGCCUGGUUAAACCCAUGGCCUGGUCACAACAAACGGGAUUUGCCAAUAUCAUUCUACGUCCGUUACAGAGAUGUGGCAUUCCUAAUGCUAGAUACACGGUCUGAGCGUACACCCACGCGUGUAAUGAGCGACGAUUCGUGGACACGAGUCACCAAUGUUUUGGAGUCAAUGGAAGGUGUUCAACAUGUGUAUAUCGUUUCUAGUUUGCCGCCAGUAUUUCCAACCAUGGACAUUGCUUACACAGCGUUACGAAUAAUUCCAGGAGUACACGAAUCGGAAGACGACUUUUUGGAUCAUUGGAAUAGUACUGAUAACCGUAAAAAAGAACGAGACAGGUUUUUCAGUAUAAUGGUUAAAUUCUCCGAGAAAAUGAAAACCAAGGUGUCAGUGUUGUCUGGUGAUGUUCAUCUUGCGUGCUGGGGUAAACUACACACAGAGUCAGGGACGGUAAUCAACAUACCAACGUCGUCAGCUAUUGUCAAUAAACCACCGCCUAAGCUUAUGAUGCCAUAUCUAUACUUAUCGUAUAAUAAUAAGAGUGUUGAUAUACCUGGUAUUGGAAAAGCGGUUAUGAGCAUGCAACCAGUCGGCAGAGAGAAUGCCAAGUGUACAUUCCUUGUCACGCAAAACUUUAUGACGUUUUCCCCGGCGACAACUAACAAGGGACAAUUAGUUUACAACACAAAAGUAAUUGGAAAACCGGACGUGUUAUUUACGUCACGUGGUCUUGCCCAGCCACAUAUAUUUACCAAUUAUAUUGGACCGUAUGCAGUUGAAAAACUUAACACCAACUCUAAUUGCUGUAAUGUACUUUAGGAGAUGUAUAGGUGUAUGGAACAGUACGGGACAGAUGAUAUAAGGUGUUAUAAGAACGUAGUUUGUGAUUAACUAUGCAUAUAGUACAAUGUACUUACAUUUAUCACCAACAUUUUACUACAGCUGUUAAUUUGAAAUUAUUUUGAGAUAGGAAUAUAUCAUUUAAGUUCGGAUUUAUAAAUGACCAUAUUACAGACGGUUUGUUUGUUUAUGUUGUAUUGAUUGUCUCGCAUUUUCUUGUACAUAGGGUAUUGUAUUUUUA